CCUAUCGUUGGGUAUCGGUCCACGCCCAUCGCUAGCUCGUAAAGAAAUUUAGGCUAAAAAUUUUAAUUUGCGCUAUUUUUCGCAUAAUAUGCGCUGAUAAUCGUUAAACCAGGUCAAGGUUAGCACCUCCAGGGUGCGGGGCGUAAAAGUGGACUAGUGAAAAGCGCAACUAAAGAGAGAAAAGCCGAUAAGAAGCAGAAUAAAGCAUCACCUGCAUUGUGUAUGCGCUUUUUUGUUGUAGUUUAUUUGGCAUAUAUUCGUGUGGCCUACGUGAUUAAAUACCCACGAAAAGAGGGCCAAGAGUGAAAUGGUGCAGGGCACAAGUGGCUAACACGAGCCGAGGCCGUAUUUUUGCAAAAUAAUUGAUAGCGUUCGUCGGAACCAGCUGAAAUCGCCAAUAAUCUGAGACGCAGCCCCGUUUCCGUGUGUGGGUGCUUUCUAUCUGUGUGUGUUUUUGCUUAUCCGCGCGUGUGUUGUAUUUCUGUGCGGUUGUGUUUGUUUGUUUGUGUGUGUGUGUGUGACGGGGGGCGAAGGUACAAACACACCCACCCAAAAAAAGCAGUCGCACUCGCAGCGCGCUCUCAAGGUUAAACUCGGACGUCGGCGCCCACUGCCGCCCACUGCAAUGCUGUGAUGAUGAGCAGGGGACGCGCCAAGGACACGGGGAACCGCAACCGGAACCGAGACAUGGAGACGCCGCGCUGCUCCAUCUGCGGCACCACCCAGCAGCUGCUGCGCUGCGCCAAGUGCAAGGCCAUCUACUACUGCUCGGCGGCGCACCAGCACAUGGACUGGCCGAAUCAUCGGCAGGACUGCCGUCUGUUGGCCCGCCAGAAGAACAACAACAACAAGAUGCAACAGCUGCAGCAGGCCGUGGCAGCCACCUCCCUGGAGGGCAGUGGCGCUGGCGCCAAUUGCUCCACGGCCCAGAUGAUGACGCCGGCCCAUCAGGCCCAGAGCUGGCCGGCAGAGGUGGACAAUCUGUUGAAUCUCCUCGGGCAACCGGGACAGGGGGACACCCAACAAUCGGGAGAUGGCAGCCAGCGGCAGACCCAUCACCAUCACCAUCACCACCACCACCACAGUGGGGAGAAGAGCUCCAGCUACCAGAUCGGCCUGGCAGACGCCAGCUUCAUGGGAUCGGGCAGCGAACGACGCUAUGAGGAUCUGUGUCGGAACAUCAUCAACGACAUGAACCAGUACGGCCUGUCCGUGGUGGAUGACUUCCUGGGAAUGGAGACGGGUCUGAAGAUCCUCAACGAAGUGCGGAGCAUGUACAAUGCUGGCGCCUUCCACGAUGGACAGCUGGUGCACAACCAGAAGCCCGAUGCCCCAACCUCGGCGGUGCGUGGCGAUAAGAUUCGAGGGGACAAGAUCAAGUGGGUGGGCGGCAAUGAGCCCGGUUGCAGCAACGUCUGGUAUCUGACCAAUCAGAUUGAUUCUGUGGUCUAUCGCGUGAAUACCAUGAAGGACAAUGGCAUCCUGGGCAACUAUCACAUCAGGGAGCGCACGAGGGCGAUGGUUGCCUGCUAUCCCGGAUCGGGCACACACUAUGUCAUGCAUGUGGAUAAUCCCAACAAGGACGGCCGCGUCAUUACAGCUAUCUACUACCUGAAUAUCAACUGGGAUGCGAGAGAAAGCGGUGGAAUACUGCGGAUUCGACCCACGCCUGGAACCACUGUGGCCGACAUUGAGCCCAAGUUCGAUCGACUGAUCUUCUUCUGGUCGGACAUACGCAAUCCUCACGAAGUGCAGCCCGCCCAUCGCACCCGCUAUGCCAUAACCGUCUGGUACUUUGAUGCCAAGGAGCGCGAGGAGGCGCUCAAUCGGGCCAAGCUGGAGAACAGCCGGACGAACAAUGCCAUCACAAGUAGUACGUCCCAGGCACAGCAGGCCGAGCCCGAUUCCACAACCACACCACCACCACCACCCGCCACAGUAGCCACACCAAGCACAUCCGCGACAUCCUCAACCUCUUCGCCCGCACCUGCAGCCGCGUUGCCCGCCAGCAUGUCCACGGGCACGGGGGCGUUGAAUGCGAAUGUCUCGAGCAACUCCUGCGCCGCCGGCAGCGAGAUAUGCACGUAACAUAGGGCAGAGGAAUGAAGGGCAACCAAAAAGUGUAAAUUUUUUCCAAAACACUCUGUAAAAAGCUAGUUAAAAACUAUUUAUGUACACAAGUCUAGAAGCGGGCCAGGCUCCGGCCCACUCGAGUCAGGCCCAGUUUGCAAAAGUGAAUCAAAGCUCCUUUAGUCGUUAAGUCUUCUAGUUAUAGCCUCUAAGUCGUACGUUUAGUUAGUCUCACACAUUAACCCCUAGCUAACUGCCUUGUCAGCGAUCGAGCCGAUUGUUUUAGCAUCUUUUUAAUUCGUUACAAACUUUCGCAGUGGCAAAAUUCAUUUCAUACUUUUCUGGCUGCCAAAGUAUUAUAUCUAAAGAGCAGUGCAUCAACAAUAACAAUCGCCAAGCAACGCGACGCUCAUCCUAUCCUAUCUCAAAAUUGUGCCAGUAGAUUGUAUGAAAUGUGAUUUCUGCUGGCCCCCCCUCCCACCCACUCACUCAAUCUUUCGACUCUCAUGCAUCUAGUACUCGUAGUUAGAAAUUUUUUUCAUAUCGUUAGGCGACAACAAAAUCUGUUCUCUUGUUAAAUUCUAGAAGAUAAAUUAUCCAUAUUUAUGGCAUAUCUGCAUACAUAUGUAUGUAUCUAUGUACAUAUAUGUAUUUAUGUAUAUUUUUCUAUUAAAUGAAAGCCUGAGCAAAUGCCA